AUGGGGGCAGCACUGGCCAUUGCUCUAAGCCUCGCUUUAGUCUUCACUCUUCUCUCGGUCAUCCUCGCCGACCUCCUGUGCUCCCUUCUCUGCCGUCGGAAGCACCGGUUCGAGAGGGCAGCGCCCAACACGAGCGAUGCAGGAGCGGCGGCGGAAGCAGAAGAGGACCCUCCAACUCCGCCCCUGAGCUUCCCUUUCUACGCCCACGGCGUCCUUCAAGCUCCAACAACCUUCCUCCUCACCAUCCCCAACCUCGAGGCGGCCACAGCGGCGGCAGCAGCAGCUUUACCACCAAAACAAGUAGAAUGCAAAUCCCGCAUGGUAUUAACUGUGGAGCAUGAAUCCCCAUCGGUGCCGGCUUCGCCUUGCAUCCACCGCAUUUCCUCUGCCGCCGUCGACUCUGCUGCUCCCGAUCAUUUUGUUUGCAUCUCCAAUCCCAUCUACAACGGGAUUGGUGGAGGGGACGACAAGGGUACCCCUUUUGAGACGCCAGACGCUUCGCCUUCGCAUUUGGGACCUGAUCCUGAAGAGGAGACCGAGAGCGACUCCUCUCCGCAGCUAACCGUCAUGAAGAAGCUCCCUUCCGUGCCCCCCCAAGCUUUAUCAGCAGCGGGUUUGAUGGAGGGGCGGCGGUCCCUUCCCACCUCGGCAAGUGCCACCGAGACUAAUAGGGUCUCUUCCUCUUCAUCAUCCUACUCUCUGUGCUGCUCCCCUUCUUGGUGAUCCAUCAUGAUUCAUACCAUCCAUCAUCGCCUCUAUCAGUAGCGAUAUGUACUUCAGUUAGAGGAAAUUGCCCUUCAGUUGGUUGUUGAUGAUGCUCUUUCGUUGAUCAAACACUGAGGCCUUCUGGGCUCUCUUUGCUGACUUGGGGUAUGGGGCGUUUGGCAGGAGAGAGGCGUGUGGGUUGUGCAAGGACUAGGAUGGAAUGCAUGAGGGAGCUCAAAAAGAGUAAAUAUCUGUACUAGGAUUGAACUAUUUCAGGAACUAAUUCAGGGACGUCCAUAUCUUAUCCUCAGACGUGGUUCGCCUACGGACUGAGGAGACAAAACUGGGGCUAAUUGUGUCAAAUAAGUUUGCAAGACUGUGCAGCUGCAUUGCACGUGGUGGUUGCAUUCAGAUUUCAGAGGCAUGGAGUCGGUCGUUAUCUCAAGCAUAUAUGUGGGAGGGGGCUUUUGGUCGCAGAAAAGGAGAGACGUGUAAUUAUAAAAAGCCUGUUUACGGAUGCAUG